AUGGGCUUCCAACGGUGGCAUAAUGACUUUGGAAAGUUAAGAGUGCUGGGUGGAGAUUGUGGGACAGAUUGGGGCCAACCGGGACUGACGGGAUCUUCGGGACGAGCGGGAGGUUUCACUGAGGGCGUGAGCCCCCUUAGAUUGGGUAGGAUCCCGCAGGAGGCUCGGGUUCGCCCAGGCCUACCCAGGAUUCCCAAGUCCCUCCCGGAGCGAAAGGCCCGGGAUUCCCGGGAGGCUCCGGGGAGCGGGCGGGGCCGGGGGCGGGGCGGCGGCAGGAAGCGGCCGGAGCGGCGCUCGGAGCGGCCUGAGCCCGGGGAAGCCCGGCCGGCCUCGGGUGCCAUGGCCUCACGGCUCCUGCACCGACUGCGGCACGCCCUGGCCGGCGACAGCCCGGGGGAGGCGGCGUCCGGCCCGGAGGCCGAGCAGUUCCCGGAGAGCUCGGAGCUAGAGGACGACGACGCCGAGGGCCUGUCCUCCCGCCUCAGCGGCACCCUCAGCUUCACCAGCGCCGAGGACGAAGAGGAGGAGGACGACGAGGACGACGGAGAGAUUGGCCCCGACCCGCUGCCGGCCGGGGACGGGGCGUCGGGGGAAGAUGCAGAACGAAGCCCCCCACCUGAUGGGCAGCGGGGCAGUCAGCCCCUCACAAGGCAGUUGCAGGAUUUCUGGAAGAAGUCCCGGAACACCCUGGUUCCCCAGCGUUUGCUCUUCGAGGUGACCAGCGCCAACGUGGUCAAGGACCCGCCCUCCAAGUACGUGCUCUACACCCUCGCCGUGAUGGGUCCAGGGCCACCUGAUCGCCAGCCAGCCCAGAUCUCUCGCCGCUACUCGGACUUUGAGCGGUUGCACCGAAACCUGCAGCGACAGUUCCGGGGCCCCAUGGCUGCCAUCUCCUUCCCCCGGAAGCGCCUGCGCCGGAAUUUUACCGCGGAGACCAUCGCCCGCCGCAGCCGGGCCUUUGAGCAGUUUCUGAGCCACCUGCAGGCAGUGCCCGAGCUGCGCCAUGCCCCGGACCUGCAGGACUUCUUCGUGCUGCCUGAGCUGCGACGGGCACAGAGCCUCACCUGCACUGGCCUCUAUCGUGAGGCUCUGGCACUCUGGGCCAAUGCCUGGCAGCUGCAGACCCAGCUAGGCACCCCCUCGGGCCCAGACCGCCCUCUGCUGACCCUGGCUGGGCUGGCUGUGUGCCACCAGGAGCUGGAGGACCCUGGGGAGGCCCGGGCGUGCUGUGAGAGAGCCUUGCAACUGCUGGGGGAUAAGAACCCCCACCCUCUGCUGGCACCCUUUCUGGAGGCCCACGUGCGGCUCUCCUGGCGCCUGGGCCUGGACAAACGCCAAUCAGAGGCCCGCCUCCAGGCCCUGCAGGAAGCAGGUCUGACCCCCACGCCACCCCCCAGUCUCAAAGAAUUGCUCAUCAAGGAGGUACUGGACUAG